CGCCGCCUCCUCCCCCCCCUCCUCCUCCCAGCCCACCGGGGAGCUGUCGGUGCCUUGAUCGGAAUCACGAGCGAGGAGCGCUGCGCUGUGAGGUGAGCGAGCCGCUGUCUUCAGAUCAGCCGGACGGCAACGCGCCCGUUUAUCCCGCCAGGGUUACACAAGGGUUACUCAGGACACACCCGGUCCUAACUUCAACACACGAACCAGAGGAUCAGGAAGAGGGACAGGACAGACCACUGCAUCCUUCUGGGGGGGAAACAGACGAGCAUAAUCACAGAGUGUGCGAGCGAUUACGGCCCUGCCACGAUGGAAGACUCUGGCGAGGACUACGGGAACUACACCUAUGAAGACUACCUGGAGUACGGAGACCUGGAAGAACUUAAAGUAGAUCACAGGCAGACGGAAACGAUGCACAUCAUCUCAGUGGUCAUCUACAUCGUUUCCUUUGUGCUGGGUUUGGUUGGCAACGGGACUGUUAUUUGGGUGACGGCUUUCAAAAGCAAAAAGACAGUCAACAGUGUUUGGCUGCUCAAUCUGGCCAUGGCAGACUUUGUCUUUGUGCUCUUUCUCCCCUUCUACAUCAAUUACAUCCUGAAGGACUUCCACUGGGACUUCGGCGUGGUCAUGUGCAAGCUCAACUCAUUUGUGUCCGUGAUGAACAUGUACGCCAGCGUGCUCUUCCUCACAGUGCUCAGCGUGGACAGAUACGUGUCUCUGGUCCACCUCAACUGGUCUCAGAAGUACCGCACGAUGGAGAGGGCCUGGGUGGUGUGCGGUUGCAUAUGGGGGCUGGCCGCCGCCAUGAGCUGUCCCGCGCUGAUUUUUCGCGACACCAUGCGCCUACACGACAAGGUGGUGUGCUUUAACAACUUUUACACACACAGUCGAGAGUCAGCGGCACUGAAACACAUCAUGAUGGUGGCCAUGCGCACCACUGUGGGCUUCGUGCUGCCUUUCACGGCCAUAUGUGUGACUGGUAUACUUCUGACAAUCAAAGUGAAUAAAUCUGGCAGCUUGGUUCGGCUUUCAAGCUUCUCCAGAACAGUCUUUGCGGUAAUUCUGGCCUUCUUUUUGUGCUGGGCUCCGUUCCAUACUUUUUGCUUGAUGGAGUUAUCCGUGUAUUCUCCGGUUUACUUACACAACAUUCUAAAAGCCGGCUUUCCUCUCGCCACCAGUUUAGGCUUUUUUAACAGCUGCAUUAACCCCCUGCUGUAUAUGCUCCUGGGCAAAAAGGUGCGUCAUAUCCUGAAGCGUGCAUGCCUGAAUAUAACUAAGAGUUCGUUGAGAGAGCUGAGCCAGUCUAUCUCUGCCACCGAGAUGGAGUCGGUGCCAGAUGUUCACAUGGAGAGCGCCCCAGAGGAGGCGGUGGAGUCGUCAACUCUAUGAUUGCAACCAUCCACAGGCUGCAGUUGUCCUUGAAAAAAAAGGGAAUUCAUUCAUUCACAGUAAAUGUGGAGGAGUAGCAUAGCGGUUCUUUCCAGCUAGAGUGUUACAAUUUUCCUUGGUGGUUUCAUUUGGACACAGUUGUGCAUAAUCAAACUCUGAAAUGAAAAGCUGAGCUAAACUGUGGAUAAAAAAUGUUUCAUCUGCAUGAAUCUAAUGAUUUGCAAUGAAGGAAGAAAAAAGAAAAAGACAAAUAAUCAGCUAUGUGAGAAUGAUUUGAUACUUUAAAUAGAUAAAAUUCUUCCGGAACGUAUUUAUCUUUUAUGAUCAUACAUUUUGUAAUAUUUUUGGAAGUGGUCAUCAUGGGCUCUUGUCUUUUAAAAAAAUAUAUUUUCUGUGAUUUUAUAGACCAAAACUAAAUGAGUUAUUAAUAUGACAAUAAUCAUUAGUUGCAGUGUUAUAUCAAAUGAAAAUACUGAAUUUGUUGUUGUACUCUGGAUGCAAGGCAUCUUUGAUUAGAUUUAAGAAAUGGUAUAUAAAACCUUUGUUAGUCAACAUUAGUAUGUUUUUAUACAGUUUUAUAUUUUAUAUGUAUUAUAAUUGUAUUCUAAGUGAGCUGUUUUUUAAACUAAUUAGGAAUUGUAUAAAUGUAUUAUUAUAAUAUAUUUCAAAUAAAAAGCAGAUAACUUUGCAUACUUUCUUGACAUUGAUUUAUGUCUAGACACAGUGUAGAUUUGAACAUUUUAAGUAAACAUCCACAAUCAAGAUGUGAAUUUCCUCUCAUUUCCUGAGCGUUUCCUGAGUAUUCUCAGCCAUUUCCUGUUCCUUUCUGUCUGGUGAAGUCCAAUUUGUGAGGGUGACAUGCCUGUCGGUAUGAAAGAACAUAUGGCUUGAAGUCCUGUCUGUAACUAGAAGAUUGCAGAUGGGAAUUCCUGGAAUAACUGUACAACAAGUGUGGCUUUCACAACUACAAUGAGCAUCACAUCACUCCACAAGUUUUAAACCGCCCCCCCCCCCCCUAU